GCCAUGGCAACUAAAACACUGUAAUCAUAAUAAUUAAGACAUUGACACAACUUAUUCACUUUUCAAAACAUCACAGAUUUUUUUCUCCAUUUCAUUUGACUACUUUUCUUCAUUUUAGUUCCCAUGUGUAUUCACAAGGCUAUAGAAAUAUUUUUCUUGACAUUUAAAAUAACUCUAAAAGUGUAUUACAAAAUAAAUAUAGCCAUUAUUUCAUUGUUUUCUAUAAAAGGCAAUGUUAAGGCUAUUUUUAGAAUAUUAUAUUAUUCUAAUUUGGAAAAAAUUAAAACUAUGUUAUCAGUAAUACAAAUCUUUACAUUUAGAAUCACAAGAUACUAUCUGAGUGUCUGGAUGGGGUCCUUCAUUUCUGUAUUCUUUAAUUUUUAGGUCAUUUUUCUCUAUUGUUUAUAUUUUUUCCCAUUAUUUUCUAUUCUUUAUAUUUUAGCACCCUAUUAUUCUAUAUUCUUUAUUUUUUCGGUCUAUUUUUCCCUAUUAUUUAUCUUUAUGGGCCCAUUUUUCUGUAGAAUCGGCCCUUUAUUCUCUAUUCUGUAAUCCCCAUCAAGACCCUCCUAUCUGGUAUUUAUGCUGAUAACAAUCAAAGCAAUAGGAUAUAAUUUACCAUGUUUCAUACAUGUUUAUAUCCUACUAGAAAAAUACAACACAAGGAGCAAUUUAAUUUUCACGAACACGACAAUUAAGGCAUCGUGUGCCAGGUAACAGUCAAACAUAUUCUACCUCUAAAUUUGCCGAUAUAUUUCUAUAUAAAUCAGAACCUGUGAUCUUUAAAUGAUGGGUUACAUUUGAUUAAGGGGUAAAAUUUCUUCUAUAUCAUCAUGUUUGACCCUAUCGAGCAAACACCUGUAUUCCAGUUAACAUAUCCAUUUCCAAACUGACUCAAUUCAGAUUAAUUUUGUCAAUGCUUAACAAUGCCUUAACUUUAUGCUUGAUGCCCGUAAAACAUUUUAUAAUCUAUCUACAUGGGUUUUCUGAUUAUACAAUUACAACCCUCAUUUUUACACUGCAGUCUAGGGUUAAAUACUCUUGUGCACAAAUAUAGUUGCAUUAAAAAAUAUAUAUAAGUAAAAUGGGUGGACCAAUUUCAUACAAACUGGAUAUUAAGCAAAUAGGUAAGAAAUUCAUUUUUAUUAAUCUUUGUUUUCAUGCUACCACUUCAAAAACUUUUGAAAUAAUAUAUUAUUUCCUGAUUUUGAGAAACUGAAUGCCACCCUCAUUUCUAUAAAUACAUUUUUCUAUGUUUUUAACAGAUAAUAAGUAAUAUGUUACCAUCAAAUCAAUUUCUUUUAUUCUCCAAAAAAAUUAAUAACUAUCCAUGUUCUAUAGCAUAUCAAUAAUUCUUUUGAAAUUGAAGAACUUAUAACUAUAACUUUUAUCCAAUAAGUCUAUUCAGCCAGACAAUUUUUUAUGAGACCUUGACCACACCCAAUUGGUAUCAGUUAACUGCAGAUGCAAUAGGUAACAAAGUUCAUUGACAUACAGAAGCCUAUAACUCUGUGGUUGUCUUUUUCAUGUUGAAGGCUGUAGAGUGACAUAUUGUGUGCUAACUUUUACAACAUUUAGUCUCUGGUGAGAGAGUUGUCUCUUUGGCAAUCAUUCCACAUCUUCAUUUUUUCAUAUAAACCCAUUAUCUCUUCAAAUUCAUUUUUAAGAAUCAAAACACAUGUAUCCAGAAAAAAACGGGCAAAAAACUAUACUUCAAGGUCAAUUCUAAGCUGUUUCCACAAGUAACACCAUAACAAAAGGUAUAGACCUAUUUUACAUAAUGGUCUAGUACCUGAUAUUUAGGUUAAUAAGUCAUACGAUUUCUUAAGCUGGUAAUCAUACCACUAAAACCUCUAAAAAAAAAUUUCCCAGUCCCACAGCAAUAUUACUAAAAAUAAAUGUUAAAAACGUAAAAUUAGCUCAAAACUAUCCCAUGAAAAAAAAAUGCAUUAAUCAUAUCAGCAGAAAGAUUAUGCAGACAGAGUUUAACACUCGCUCUCACCAAAACAAACCAGAAUGUAUUCUUUCUCACGUCAACAACUGCCUUAAAUCUUUUAAUCUUAUUGUGUUUCUUUGUUAAAUUGUAAAAAAAGUCUUAGUAAUCUAAAUUUUAAGGCAUUAAUAUAUUAAAACCGAUUAAACCAAGUCUAACUAGAAGUCUACCGUGUGUUUCAGUUUUUAUUUUCUAGGAUGUUUCUAGCUACAUGUUUUGAUAUUCUGAUAGCAUGCUGUCAAAACUUCUGGCUGCUCAUAAUUGGAAUCUGUCAUUUACUUAAAUAUCUGUUGCCAUGUUAAAGAGGCAUUAAAUUUUGUUAUAUUCAUGACACAUAUGACAACAAUAAUCAAAAUGGAUACAUCAGAAAUUGAUGAAGAGGAUAAAAAGAGAGUGUCCGAUGCUAAAAAGGAAGCAAGUAACUUCUUCAUUAUGGACUCGGAACAGCUGGUGUCCAAUCCAUUUCAAACCAUGAAGGAAGAAGCAAUGGACAAUGCCAAAAAAGUGUCAUUGACAGAAAAAUUAACAAGUGUCAAAAAUAAUGUGUGCGAAAACCAUCUCUCAAUCAAAAACACUAAACUUCAGAGGGAUAUAAGUUACAAAUUGAAGCAAAUUCAUGACAAUGCAAGUCAACUAAGAUAUGAAGCAAAAGUCUAUGACAUCAAUAAGCGAAAAACAGAUCUAGAAAAUGCUAAACGAUAUGAACCCUAUAAAGAUUUUGGUUACGAUGAAAUGCAGUUAAAAAAUCAAACAAAACGACUUGGCGUUGUAUCACAGUCACACUAUUUAGAUAGGAAACAACAGUUUCCUUUAAGAGGACGAACUGUCAAUGAUUUACAUCCAAAUGCUGUUGUCAGAGCAGCUCGUCAAAUCUAUCAUCGUCGACAAGUACAAAGUCGACAAGAAGACAGAAGUCGGAGAGGAGAUAUAUCAACUCCCGGUACAUCAGUUUCGUCUGCUAAAAGCAGAAAAAGUUUACUGUGGCAAAGAAGAGAUUCUAGGUCUGCACCACCUAUGAAAAGUUCUGUAUCAUUGAAUUUUGAAGACAAUUCAACUAAGCUUCCGUCAUUAAGUGAUAAAUCAAAAGUUAAAUUUGCUUUAAACAUUAAAACUCCAGAGCCAAUACAAAGAGCAAAAACAUUUCAUCCUGGAAUGCAGCGAAGACAAUCCGUUUGGCAGGAUAGUGAUGAUGAAUAUGAGGAUGAUGAUGAAGAGGAGUACAUAGAUAUUGACAAACUGCGAUCAGUUGUGUUUGGAAACAAAUAUGCAAACUCAGUCAAAAAUGGUUAUGAUACACCAAGAACAGUAGCAAGCUUUCAGUCAUCAAAUACCUCAAAAAGACCAACUGAAGAAGACCUGAAAAAAGAACAACAACAACUGCAACGCAAAAUUGAUGAUUUUUUUGGAAAUUUAAACACCAAUGGAUCUGAUAUUGAAUCUGAUGACGAACUGGAAAUUCCUCUACCUGAGAUAAAAACUGCUCCACAAAUGUCAAAGGCAAGCAUGUUAAUGAGCAUCUUUGCCAAGUCUGUUUCAUCAAAUACGAGAAAGGAAACUGACAAAGACAGGUUAGCAGUAAGUGAACCAGAACCAAAAAGUAAGGAACCCGAAAGAUCAAAGUCUUCUCUUUCACAAAGAAGUAAAUCUCCAUAUACGGUCAAAACUGAACCGAAGAAACCUCAAGAUUUGUGGAAGUACAUCAAAACAUCAGUACAGCGAGGUGAAAUUCAACGUUGCCAAACACCUAGUAAACUUAUUAUUGAACAAAUGACACAUCUGGACUUAACAAAUUCUGAAAAAAAGCACAUUCCACUCAAAUCUGCCAAUAGGGCACUGAGACAUACUCCAACAUUCAAAAUGAGACAAUUAGUUCAGAGAAUGCAAAGGGAAAGAACAAAAUAUGAACAAUUUGAAAUAGAUCAAAAGAAAACUAAAAUGCAGGAUGAACAAAUGGAUGGAGUAGAAAUUAUGGCAUAAAAGUUUCCAAUAUAAUUUCCCGAUAUGGACCGAAACAAUAUCAGUGCUAUUAUUCUUACAUAAAUUUGGAUUAUACAAAAGCUGUGAGGUUAGUUUCAAUAUAUCUUGCAGUAGGAAAACAUGUAAAAUUAUGUGUUUAUUAUAUAAAUACAAACAAUAGACUUACAUUUGUAUGUUUUUGUACUAUAGUGAUAUAUGAGAACAGAGUUAUUCAAAGAAUAUCUUAUCAAGUUUGGACAACUGUUUUUUUUUCUUCGAUUUUACUUUCAUCUAAAAAUGGAAAAAUAUCAUGUUUAAAUCCAGAUGGAUUUUAUUUCAUCGUCAUAUCAUUCAUUCAUAUGGGUUCAGGUGCUUCAAAUCAAUGCCAAAUUAUUUUUUUUUUAUUUAAAACUAUUCAUAUUGACAACUGUUUUGUGGUGUGUUGAUCAAAGAAAUAUAAACUUGUCCUUACUUCCCCAUAAUCAAGGUUUAUUUUUCAAAAGACUCAAACCAUUUAUACAUGUCCAUGCACACAUUCAUUUUAUUUGGUGUAAAAAGAUGUAUCUAAAUAAAUAAUUUUGUAAUACAAUGGUGUCUUUGUUCAAUUUUUAUUCUAUGCUUUAUGCUAAAGUCCAGGGUAGAUGCUCACUUUAAUAAAAUAUUGAAACAUAUCAAAAAGUGGUUAACAAUGAACUUUUCUGAAGAAAUAUUAUCUCAAACAUUCAUUCCUAUAAGCCCUUAUAUUAAGACAUACAUAGAAACGAGAGAAGGAAUUUUUGAUGAAUUGUUCCUUGAUUAAUUGAAUUUAAUGCAACUUUUGAUUGAGUUGCACAUUUUCAUUGAAGUUGGCUUCAAUGCUCCUAAAAUAUUUCUGGUAGUGAAUAUUAUAACCCUUGUGAUACAGAACUAUACAAAAAAGUAGCCAGAGAUAUUUAGAACCAUUAGUCGAAGACAGACAAUACAAGGGACAAAUUAAAAUGAUGAAAAGACAAACAACACUCUACAAAAUACUACAAAAAAAACUACAGACUGAGCAAAAUGAACCCCACCAGAAACAAGGGGUGAUAUCAGAUACAAGUAGACUGCAGUGUUAAAGUAUGAUUAACAAUAACAUAUGACAAUGUGCUUUUGAGAUAUGAACUUUUUGUAUAAUUUAACUACAGUCAUCUUGGAGCAUCAAAUGAGGAUUAUAGUCACUCAAAUGUUCCAAAAAUGUUGUACUAUAAAAGUGGGUUUCAACAGUCAGUUUUUGAGUAAUGAACCUAUGCACAGAGCGUAAGAAAGUUCACUUGAAAAAACAAAAUAUAGGCCUAAGUGAUGGAUAGAUAGACAAGGGUAAAAACAUAUGCUCCUUCCACUUUCGUGGCAGUGCAUAAAAAUUAUUCAGGCCAAAAACUUUUAAAUCACAGAGCAUUUAAUACCCUACAAGGUUUAAAAGAUUUAAUCAGGUGUUUUCCAUGUCUGCAUUUUCCUAAACUGGUUUUUAAAUUGCAGUAAUGCUUUUCUGUUUUGUAUGAGGUUUCCUAAAUUGUAACUGUUCUGAUUAAACUAUGACACCUUUUUAAUUUUGCAUUAAAAAUGGUUGUUUAAAGCCAUUCUAAUUCUUUUUACUGAUAUAUUCUAGUAUUUUGUAUAAUUAUAUAUAAAGCUUUAAAACUAUUAUGACAUCAAAGACCUAGCAACCUGACCAAAAAAUUCUAAACUUCCAUUCUAUGACUAUGCAUUUAAAUGCCAUUCAUCAUACUUCACGACUUUAAUCUUAAUUGACGAGGUUUGUCAUUUAGCCUGCAGAAGGUUAGUGCCUUAGUGGUUAUCUUCUGGUACAUUGGUUUCUUCACAAAUAAAAACUGGACACAAUGAAAUAUCCAAUAUCUCUGAAAUCGGUGUUAAAAACACCUCCAAGAAAACAUACCACUUCAUAUUGUGAAUUAUUUAAAAACAGGUCCAAGGGAUCCUCGUCUAUUCUUCAGAAAGUUAUGUAUGUUUUUUAUCAAAUAAAAUGUUUGUAUACCUUCCAUGAUAUACUGUUUUUGUAUUUAAUAAAAUUUUCUGAAACUUAA